UCUUUCCGCAAGAAAAAUGGCGCCAAUCACUCGUCGAUCUCCGCCUUCUUUCCCGGCACUCCUUCACUUCAUCUUUCUUUUCGUAGUGGCGGCAUUUCAUCCUCCUUCCGCUGCUGCCUCCGGUGGCCAUGACUACUCCGGCGCCUUACGUAAGAGCAUUCUCUUCUUCGAAGGCCAACGCUCCGGUAAGCUCCCUCCGGAUCAACGCGUCAAGUGGCGCCGCGAUUCCGCUCUCAGAGACGGCGCUUCCGUUGGGCUUGACCUGACCGGUGGUUACUACGACGCCGGCGACAACAUCAAGUUCGGCUUUCCGAUGGCUUUCACGACAACAUUGCUGUCAUGGAGCAUUAUCGAUUUCGGCAAGAACAUGGGCCCUGAGCUGAAAAAUGCCGUCAAGUCCGUUAAAUGGGCGACAGAUUACCUCUUGAAAGUAACAGCGGUGCCGGAAACCGUUUAUGUCCAGGUGGGUGACGCUCUCUCCGAUCACAACUGUUGGGAACGGCCGGAAGAUAUGGACACUCUUCGCACGGCUUUCAAGAUCGACCGGGCCCACCCUGGAUCUGACGUGGCAGGAGAAACUGCCGCUGCUUUAGCUGCUGCUUCAAUCGUGUUCCGAUCACGUGACCCUGCGUACUCCCGUCUCCUACUUGACAGAGCCGUUAAUGUGUUCGAGUUUGCUGACAAAUACCGAGGUGCGUACAGUACGAGCUUGAAGCAUGUUGUGUGCCCGUUCUACUGUGAUGUGAAUGGGUACCAGGAUGAGUUGCUUUGGGGAGCUGCAUGGUUACACAAGGCAUCGAGAAGGCGCGAAUACAGAGAGUAUAUAGUGAGGAACGAGGUGGUCUUGCACGCAGGAGAUACCAUUAAUGAGUUUGGUUGGGAUAAUAAACACGCCGGAAUUAACGUCCUCAUUUCCAAGGAAGUAUUAAUGGGAAAGGCAGAUUAUUUUAAUUCUUUUAAGCAAAACGCGGAUGGCUUCAUUUGCUCGAUUUUGCCAGGAAUUUCUCAUCCUCAAGUCCAAUAUUCUCCAGGUGGCCUUAUCUUUAAAGCUGGAGGCAGUAACAUGCAGCAUGUAACGUCGCUGUCUUUCUUACUACUUGCCUACUCUAACUACCUAAGCCACUCCAAUAAAUUUGUGCCAUGUGGAGACACAUUAGCCACCUCAGCUCAGCUCAAGCGCUUAGCCCAACGACAGGUGGACUACAUUCUAGGGGAUAAUCCGGUAAGGAUGUCGUACAUGGUGGGAUACAGCGCACGUUAUCCACAACGCAUUCACCAUCGGGCAAGUUCGCUUCCGUCCGUGGGGACCCAUCCGACCCACAUUGGUUGCAAAGAAGGCUCACGUUACUACCUCAGUCCUAACCCUAACCCUAACGUGCUUGUAGGAGCUGUUGUUGGUGGGCCCAACAGUACAGAUGAUUUCCCUGAUUCAAGGCCAUUCUUUCAAGAGUCUGAGCCCACUACGUAUAUCAAUGCACCUUUGGUGGGCCUGCUAGCAUACUUCUCGGCCCAUCCUUGAAGUCCAAUAUAAUAUCCAUAUAUUUGUUUGUUACCCUGUAGAAGGCUAAAAGCCUAAAAGCAAAUAGUGGUGCGCAAUAGACACCCUGCAGUGUAAGGAAUGUAGUAGCAAGAAGAAUGUUAUAUUGUUGUUA